CGAUAUCAUAAAUAAUAAAAUCAUAAAAAAUAAAUUAGGAGCAAACCACCACCGCCGCAGCAGCAGAUGGAGACUCUCCAUCUUCCCGAGGAAAUCGUGACAGAAAUACUAUCGAGACUUCCGGUGAAAUCGCUCUUGAGAUUCAGGUGCGUUUCGAAAUCAUGGCGCCGUUUAAUUGGUAGCAAACAAUUCAUCAAACACCAUCUCGAUAUAUCAAGCCGCCACCCAAAUUUUGAGCGUCGUCAAGUCAUCUUCCUCUCCCUUUCAAAAAGCCCUAAUUUCGAAUUCAAGCGAUGCUCCGUGCGCUCCUACUGGGAUGAUCCAUCUGUUAAUCCUCUCCCCAUCUGCGAUCCGAUCAACGAUCAUCUCACCGUUAGUAGUGAAAUCAUAGGCCAUUCCGGUGGGCUGGUUUGCAUUUUCAAUGAACCAAUGUCUCUCAUUUUGUGGAACCCCGCCACUAGAAUCUCCGUCCAAUUGCCCGAACUAGACUGCUGCGAUCGUAUCAUAAAGUGCGGGAUAGGUUGGGAUGGGGAGAGUGAUGCGUACAAGGUGUUUGCUGUUUUGUCCAUGAAGAAUAAUGAGAGCAAAAUGAUGGGUAGCAUUUACAGCAGCGAGACGAAUUCAUGGAAAGCGAUAGAGGAGUACGGGAGUGUUGAUUUGAAUCAUUGGAUUGGGGAGUUUGUGUGUGGGAGGAUGCAUUGGAUUGUGGGGAGUGGAUGGAUUGAGACGUUCGACUUGAAGAGCGAGGUGUUUGGGAGGAUAGAGCUUCCGGAGAUUGUCGAUGGAUGGUUUCCGACGGUAGAUUUGGAUUCCGAAAUACAGGGGCGCCUGAACUUGGUGUACUGUGAUAUGAAUUGUGAUUAUGCAAGGAGAAGACUUUGGGAGAUGAAGGAAUAUGGGGUGGAUGAUUCAUGGGUGUCGUAUCGUCUUCCUCAUGUGAAAGAACCGGAAUCAACUUACAUGGCUUGGGGGAUUGAGAAGGGAGAGGUGAAGUUAUAUCCACGUGACAACAUUUUCGGUUGUGGUCCAGAGUGUUGCUACGUUGAGAGUUUGGUGCAACCAGUUUCCGAUAACAACGAUGCUUGAACAAUUUGUUUAGUACUAUGUUUUAUGAGUUUUGUUUUGUUUUGUUUUGUUUUGUUUAGCCAACAAUCUUUGAUUAGAGAGGUUUUAGAAGCAUGAACAGGGAUAGACAUUUUAUUUGAAUUUGAUAUGAUAUGAUUUUUGAAUUUGAUUUA